AAAUAUUAGGAACGGGAGUAAACAUUAAUUAAAUUUAUUAGAAACCGUAUAUUCCGGUAUAACUGGUAUCUAAUGGCCUAAGAGUGGGAUCCUGUAAAGCCAGAGAGAGGCAGGUAGAGAAGAAUGUUUGUACUUUAACUGUUCAAUUUGACAAGUGUUGACAUAUAUGAAUACAAGUGACAGAGAGAGAGAGAGAGAGAGAGAGUCAAAAGAAAACAAUAAAAUAAGAUACACAACGGAUAAAAUAAUAGGAAACGAAACGACAGAAAAAGUUAAAACUAUUACAUUUCUGCAAUAAGCAAUCAACAAACAAUGCAGGAAGAGUCGAAAGACUUAAAAAAUAUUCCAAAAUUAGGAACUAUUCGAAAAAUUCGCAAUGUUGCAAGUACACCAGAAAUUGCAAGAAAUCUGUCGGAGACCUUACCUUUACACAGUGUUUCUAGAACCAUUUCUCGCAGUAGAGUAACCUUGAUGCCAAGUGAUAUUACGCAGUUACAGAAAAUACCGAAAAAGAAAAUUGCUGUAGACAAGCAGCCAAUUAUGCCAUCACAAAUAGUAUUGGAUGCACAAAAGAAAUUAGACAGCGAAGAAUUAGAGCUUGGACUUCGUUAUAAUGAAUAUUUACAAAUUAUGAUGAUGGAUCACAUAUUAAAGAAGAAGAUUCAAGAGAAAAGCCGUAUAAUGGUCAUGCUAAUAGCUGCCAUAGGACAAGAGAUUGCUCAAGAUACACAAAAAUUGAUUAAAAUUAAAACAAGGGAACGCGAUAUAAUAAAUUUAAGUUUAGCACAAAAAGAAGCAGAUGAUCAAUUGAUUGCAGUGACAAAAUAUACUGAAGAUGAAACAUUUAAGAUUGUACAAAAUAUGUUAUCCAAGUUAUAUGUUCUCCUAGAACCUCUGGAUGUAUUGCAAUGUAAAGGUAUAAUGCUUCCUGAAACAGAAAUGGAAUGGAAAGAAAUUCAGGAAAUAUCACGUAAAUGUUCAAAUGUUUUAAAAAGUACUAUAAAUCUAAUAGGAUCAAAAGGCGAAACGUAUUGUGCUGUUAAUGCUGGAUUGAAGAAUUUUACUGAAACAUAUGACGAAAUAAAAGCUCUUCAAAAGAAAUUGGAAGAAGCACUGUGUAAUUUACAAGUACUAAUACUGAAAAAUGCUUCACUUUCAGUUGCAUGUAAUGAUAGUGAAUAGACAGAGACAUGUUGGAAUUGUUCUUUUUCUUAUUUGAAUAUAAAUGUCCCAGGUCCUCGUUGACAAGGUAAACUUGGCCAGUCGUACUAGGCACAGUCAAAGCUGACAACGCUUUCCAAAAAUAUGAUGCAACUAUAUGGGUGUUUACGACAAACCGUUGGAUUUCUAAUCUGUUGGAAUUGUUGUUUGAAGAAAUAGAUUGUGUAUAAAAAUACGAAAAUUGAAUGACUUGGAAACUUUUUUGGUGUUGCAUAAAAUGUAUAGGUGUUGUUGAAUUUCA